AUGAUCAAAAAAUAUACAUUAACAUUUAAUUCAUCUGAACUUGAAUAAUCUUUUAGGCUAUGGGUAAUUGAUUAAAAUCAAAUCAUGUAUGAAAUUACAUUGACAACCAUCUCAUUAUACAUGAUUCUCAACCUCAUCAACUACACCUAAAAUAUUAUUUAUUUGAUUACUACAUCAGUAACACUAUGUAUAGAAUUGACAAUGCUUUUCUUUUUCAGAAGAUAUCCUAUGCAAAGAGAGAAUAUAAAAAGUUUAAAUCUCAUUGUCAUCAAUAUACUAAUAGACAUUUAUAUAUGGUUAAAUUAUGCUUAAAACAUAUAUUUGGAAAUAGGAGCUGUUAGAUUAUGUAAACAAUUUUCAUAUUAUUCUUAAGGUCUCUAUAUGCAAGGCAAUAAAUUUACUGCUCAAUCACUUAUAUUUCUCUUCAGUUAAGCAGCUGAAAUGUCAAUACUCCAAUAAUAAUUAAUUCCCCUUAUUACUUAUAGUCUAUUUUGUCUUUUCUUUAUAUUCCUUCGCUAUUAGACUGAAAUGAAACGUCGUUAACAUUACUUAGCAUUCAGAUCCUAAAUCUUAUAUGAGAAUUUAAUUGAAGAACAAUUACCAGCAUGGGUUGUUUUGGUCAAAUAUGAUAGUAAGUAGGCUUAGUUAAAAAUGGACAAAAUAAAUAGGGUUAUGAAAGACACAUUUAAUUUGAAUUCAGAUUAGAAAUUUAGAGAAUUCUUAAGAGAUUCUAACGUUUAACCAUUAGAAGGCAUUAAUCAAAAAGCAUUUAAUUUUGAAGAUGUACUAAUUAAAGAUUUACUUUAAAAAUAACAAAAUGAUAAAAUAACUAAAUUUGUAGGAAGAUUCAUAAAUAAUGAUAAAAAAUGGUAAUUUUAAAUCACAAAAAUAUAUUUUAAUACUCUUGAACCUACAAUAUUAUUAUUAUUCAUAGAAGAAGGUGGAGAUUUAUUUGAUUUUUUUACUCAUUAAUUAUAAUGGAGAGAUUAAUAACUUGUUAAUCAUAGUAAAAUGUGUUUAAAUUAUAUUAAAGAUUAAAUUAAUCUUCUAAAAUAUUUUAAAUAAUAAGCUAAUACAUAAUAAUUAUAUCAUAUCAAUAAUUAAAUCAGUAAUAGUUAUAUCAUUUUCAAUCAAAGUUUAAAUAUUUUGAACAUCACUAAAAUUAUUUAUAAUAAAUUAAAAUAUAACAUCAAUUAAUUCAAUUUAUUGGAAUUAAUUAACUAAUUAAAAGAGGAUUUAAAAUUUACUAAUAAAUAAUUAUUAUUUGAUCUAUAAUUGAAGACUGACAGAUCUAAAAUGAUAUCAGUUAUAUUAAGUAUCUCAGAAUUCAUUAGAUUAAUGCUUGCAAUUAAUACAAAUGAUGAAAAACAACUUUAUGAAAUUCAUCCAUUAGGUUUUCCUAUCUAAAUUAAUUUUAAAAGAGUUCAUUCUAAUCCAGGAUGUCUAUUAAUUACAAUGAAACAUCAACUCUUAAAUAUUCCUAUAUCAAUUCAAGAAGCAUUAUCAAAAGCAGCUUCAUUUAGUGAUCAUAAAAAAAGAAAUUGGGGUGUUAAUCACUAUUAUGAAAACAUAUAAAAUUUGAGUGAUUAAUUUCAUAAAAUCAAUGUUACUACUCAUAAAGUAACCUAAAGCUAAAUGCCUUAUUUGGAACUUGAUCAAUCUCUACAACAACAAUAAUAAAAGAUUGGAGUCUAUUUGGAUGGAAGUACUGAACCUUUCAGUACUUUAGGUCUUCCAUUGGCUUAAUAUUUAAUCUCUUAAAUUGGACCUAAUAAUAAAAUAGAAUUUAAAGAUAAAAAAUUGAAACAUGCUCCUGAUCCACUUUCCUUCAGAAAUGCUACAUCUAAAACAAAAAUAUAAUUCAAAGUAUAUGAAGAUUUAAAUUAAUUUAUAUUCCAAUUAAAUGAAUAGGAUCCUAAUCCUUAUUUAGACUUUUUCAUUUAUAAUAGCAGUUAAAAAGCAGGCUUCAAAACUUAUUGUAGUAUGUCUCCCUAACAUCCUCGAAAAAGUGGUAUGACAACUUAAUUGAUUAGUGGAAAAAUUAAUUGA